AUGAAGAAGGCUUGUAAGCAAAGUGGGAGAGUUGGGGACGGAGGGAAAGAAGGGUAUGUUCGCUGGGAUGCCGAGCGGCCCCGCGCCACUUGGGCCUGUCACCCUUCUCCAGGCAACUUGUGCUCUGCCAGCUCCGCGGCGCUGCCUGCUCAGCCAGACCUCGGCGAAGUGGGGCCAGAAACUCCGCCGGCUUGGAGGGGGCCCCGAAGCCAGGACCUGGCAGUUCCCCCGGAUCAAAGUCUUCUGCUGACAGAUUUAAUUGAAAAUAUUUACAUAUCCUCUACAAGUGGGAGAGAACUUAAAAUUUAUAUGCCCAGUGAAGUAUCUGACCAUAGGCCACAACUUGAUAACAUCACAGUUUCUAAGAAACGUAACUGGCUACAUCAGAGUCCGUUAAAGACCUCUAAUCUGGAAGAAGAAAAUGUCUCUAAGAAAAUGCAAGGAAAUUCUACCCAUAUAUCCAAUCCUUUGCCUGAACCUAAACUGCCACAGGGCCCUCCCAAAUCACCUGUAGGACAUGAAUAUCCUUCAAGAACCUAUAAUUCUGUGACUGCUGUUCACCAUUCUACAAGCCCUUCAGUUUUGAGAAACUGUAUUUUAGACUUCAGUGAGGAUAAUGAUGCAGAUGAUGAAGGAGAAAUAUGGUAUAACCCUAUUCCUGAAGACGAAGAGCCUGACUUCCCCAGAGUCCAUUGUUUGACUAGGAAAAAUUCUGUUAAUUUGGACUCCCACGCCACAAGUUUCAGGAUGUUGCCUGGGAGUGACUUGAUUAAAAUAAUGGGGAACAAUAAAGGCUUUCCAUGCUCAGAAUCUGCAGGAGACAAUCAAAUGGCUCAGUCCAGUGAAAUUAAUCAAGCAGAUUCCAUACAUUCCAUGGAACACGUACAGCUGCACAAGCAAAGUUUUGUGUGCAAGACUCAGAGUGCAACAGCAAUAGAGGAAAACGCUGCAUUUAAAUAUUAUUCAGCAGGAUCUGGAAUUGUACCUGCAAACAAGCCUGAGACAGGAGUGACAGAAAUUUCUCCUCCAAGUCCUAAUCCUUUGAAAAAAGGAGGCGCGAUUAAUUGGCCUUUCCCUGAUAAAAUAAAAUCUCCUAGAACUGUGAGAAAACUUUCAAUGAAAAUGAAGAAACUGCCAGAACUUAGUAGGAAGCUAAGCAUCAAAGGAACCUCAAAUUCUAAUAUUUCAGAUAAUCCUUCCAUGCUGAAAGGUGACUGUCAGGAUACAAGCCAUGUCACAUCUUUGCCAUCUUCUGGAAAUGUUGCAGCAGCUGCUAGCAGGAAUCUUAUAAGUCGUUACCAUCUUGACAGUAGUGUGUCAUCACAAAACGGCUACAAAAAGAAAAGCAGCGGGAGUUCCAAAUCUACCAGUAAAGGUGGUUACCUCAGUGAUGGAGACUCUCCUGAAUUAAUAACAAAAUCGGGUAAACAUGGUUCUGGAAGCAGGUUUGGGAAAGGAAAAGAGACCCUUCCAAAUAACAACAAUAAAACUGAAAUAGACAUUGAUGCUUUUAGACAUUACAGCUUUUCUGAUCAACCCAAGUGUUCCCAAUAUAUAUCUGGACUCAUGAGUGUUCACUUUUAUGGUGCUGAAGAUUUAAAGCCACCACGGAUGGACUCAAAAGAUGUUUUUUGUGCAAUUCAGGUAGAUUCAGUAAACAAAGCAAGAACAGCCUUGCUUACAUGCAGGACAACUUUUUUAGAUAUGGACCACACUUUCAACAUAGAAAUUGAAAAUGCCCAGCACUUAAAACUAGUGGUCUUCAGCUGGGAGCCUACCCCACGGAAAAAUCGUGUUUGCUGUCAUGGAACAGUGGUUCUCCCCACUCUUUUUCGAGUGACAAAAACACAUCAGAUGGCUGUCAAAUUGGAGCCCAGAGGGCUUAUUUAUGUUAAACUAACUCUCAUAGAACAGUGGGAGAAUUCUCUUGAUGGUCUAGUUACAGAUCGAGAGCCAGUGAUAUUUGGAAUAGAUGCUCAAAAAGUUGUUGAGAAGGAAAAUGUGGGCUUGAUGGUACCACUUCUGAUGCAGAAGUGUAUUACGGAGAUUGAAAAGAGAGGCUGCCAGGUUGUAGGCCUGUACCGAUUAUGUGGCUCAGCAGCAGUCAAGAAAGAGCUUCGAGAGGCAUUUGAGAGGGAUAGCAAGGCUGUUGCUCUCUGUGAAAACCAAUACCCAGAUAUUAAUGUGAUAACAGGUGUCCUCAAGGAUUAUUUAAGAGAGCUGCCCUGUCCCCUCAUAACUAAGCAGCUCUAUGAAGCAGUGCUAGAUGCCAUGGUGAAAAAUCCAUUGAAAAUGACAGCAAGCGGUUGUGAAAAUGACCCAGGUGACUCUGAACAUACACUGGCUCUUCUGGAUUGUCUGCCAGAUGUUGAAAAGGCAACCCUAAAGAUGUUGCUGGAUCACCUGAAACUGGUGGCUUCUUACCAUGAAGUAAAUAAGAUGACAUGCCAGAAUUUAGCUGUGUGUUUUGGGCCUGUCUUACUGAGCCAGAGGCAGGAGACCUCCAACCACAAUAACAGAGUCUUCACAGAUUCAGAAGAGCUUGCUACUGCUCUGGACUUCAAAAAACACAUAGAAGUUCUUCAUUAUUUGCUCCAGCUAUGGCCAGUGCAAUGUUCAACUUCCAAAGAAUCAGCAAACCUGUUUCCAGGGAACCAGUCAUCUUUGAAUUAUCUGAGACCCAAGAAGCAGCGGCCUCAGAUGUUGAAUUUGAGCAGUACUGAACUGUCGGGGGUACUUAGGCCCAGACCAGCCAGACUAGACAGUCCCUCAAGUAAUCGCUAUGCAGGAGACUGGAGCAGUUGUGGGGAAAACUAUUUUUUAAACCCAAAGGAGACCCUAAAUGAAGCAGACUAUGAUGAUGUUCCUUCAGAAGACACAGAAAGUGGAGAAGAUUGCAGCAAAGUAGAUGGACCAGAUAGACUUAUUGAACAUGCAAAAUCCAAAGAGCAUACACUUCAGACCUAUUUGACAAUGCAAACAAUAGAUUCAGCAGUGGACCACAGAGGAAAUCUCAAAGACCUACAAGAAAGUAUUGAUACUCUGAUAGGAAACUUGGAGCGAGAACUCAACAAAAACAAACUAAAUAUCACUUAUUAAUUUCCUUGCCUGAUGCCUGCAGUUGGUGUCUCCCUGUUACUUCACCUGCCUUCUCCAAAAAAAAGUCACUCUGGCUUUUUUUAAUGUAUUGUGGAAUAAUCUGUGGCCUCCCUUGAAUAAAGAAGUCCAAUGUAGCCAUUCCUUUAUUGUGGAUUGUUUUCCUUCCCAUUAGACAAAUACAUUGGCCUCACUCUCAGCAUCUUACAUGGCCUUUAAAACCAUGUGAAAUGAUCUGAAGAAGCAGUGAUUCUCUCACCCACUCGCCACCUCAAGGUACGAUGCACUUACAAAGCUUGGACAUUGUGUGCCAGGAGCUAAGGUGCAAUCUUUGCUCUCUUCCUUCCUAAAACUUUAUACCUGGUACGGAUGUUUCUCUUAGUAGAGGAUCUCGGCCUGUGAUUAGCAGCAUGAACUUUAGGUUGAUCUCAUUCUACCAUGUGUGUCACCUUUUCAUUUUCAACUCAAAGGCUGCUAUGAAAAAAAAAUGCUUUUUAUACGCAUAUAAAAGUUUAAUUGUACAGAAUAUUAUUGCAUUCUUGUAUUAACAUCUUUCAAUAAUUAUUUAAACCUACAAAAAUUAAAUAUUUUUCUAACCUUGUUUGCAUAUAUCUGAAGACAUGAUUGAGGAUAUGUGUGUGUGGAUAGUUAUAUUGCAAGGUGGGAAAUUUGAAUUAGAAGAGGACACCAUUUCUAAAGGGAUCCAUAUUGUGAUGCCAAAAUAAAGAUUUGCUUGAGCAAUGUAGCACUUGAUUUUAUGCACAGAUAUGUGUGCUGCGAGGACAUAGUGAAUGAUUUAUAUAAAUGACCUUAUGUGUCAAAUGUUAUGCCUCAGUUCACAGCUGUUGACUAUUAACUUGCAUUAAGAAACCAUCCAGUUUAGUUUUAAGAAGUAUUCCAGCAUUUCUUAAAUGUUUCCACUGAAUCUGUCUAUUCCCUUUAAAGGUGCCCUUCAAGCAAAGAGGGAGGAUGGAAAGAAUUGUGCUAUUUUUUUUAAUCCUUUCUGACUUACAAAGACUAUCUGGAAGGCUUUUUGGGUUUUAAUUCUUUUGUUGGGGGGUGCUUUUUCUUUACCUUAGAAAUAGCAGACUAUUAAAUCUUUACCUUUUGGAGGUCAUAUAGCAUGACUCAUGCUCAUUGGGAACUUUCUCAGCCCUUAUUUAAAGGGUCAGAGAUUAUAAAUAUCUAUGUAAGGCAGUUCCUUCCCUUGCCUUUAAGGGUAUGUCUAGACUACAUGGCUCCAUCGACGGAGCCAUGUAGAUGAGUUUACUAAAGAUAGGAAA